UUUAUAUAAAUAGUCAAAAUUCGCUUUCUAUUUCAUUUCCCUCCUUUGUAUCACUCGAUUCCCUCCGGUGGCUUUCCUUCUCACUGUCAUCAAGUGAAAAACACUCCACGGGCUUAGAUUUGGUAGGUAUCGCUCUUCUCGCCAUCUACCUGUUACCAAAUAAACCUCUUCCUUUCUUAAUUCGCCAUUUUUGUUUUUACAUAUUUUCGUCGAUUCUUGCAUGUUGAAGGUUGCAUCUUUCUUUUCAAUAUUGAAUCUUUUUUACUAUGGGGGUAUGUGCAAGCGCGAUGAAGUGAAGUUUGUUGCUGGAAAGAUUAAAAAUUUACUGUCUUUGGUGGUCAGAGUUGCGCCAGUAAUUGAUUGCUUCCCUGAUACUCUCCUGUGUCCAAUCACAAUUUUACCAUUACAUGCAAGAUUGCUAAGAUGUAAAAGUUGGAGACAUUUGAUUGAUAAGCACUUACAAUAAGCAUUUUUGUUUGAGCAAUUACUGUUCAACUGGUUUAACAAUUACUGGAAAAGUAUAAAAUUAUUAUAAGAAAUAAAUCUGUAUCAAUUUAUGAUUAGUUAUUGGUAGACAUUGUGGUUGUCAUAUUAACUAGAUAAAUUGUCUUAGAAUUUUUUUUUCAUAACACUUGACUGAUUAGUCUGUUUGAACUUUGAAGGACAUCAAAAUCUUGGAGGUAGUUGGAACUGGUGCGUGAAAUAGCUUGCAGGAUUUGGAGGACUUCCGACUAACCAUAGGAUAAAUCUCAGGGAUACAAUGGCAGACGAUGGUGUGCAGAACCCGGAUCCUCCACAUGCAGACGAUGGUGUGCAGAACCCGGAUCCUCCACAUGCAGACGAUGGUGUGCAGAACCCGGAUCCUCCACAUGCAGACGAUGGUGUGCAGAACCCGGAUCCUCCACAUGCAGACCAUGGUGUGCAGAACCCGCAUCCUCCACAUGCAGACCAUGGUGUGCAGAACCCGCAUCCUCCACCUCCAGAGGAUGAAUUCCCUGAUUUAGGACAAACACUAGAUGAGACUUAUCGGGUUUUAUUAUACAUGGUGGUGAAUUUAACCACCACGAAAAAAUCUUAUAUUAGGGAUAUCAUCUCAUGCCACUACUCGUUAGAAGAGUGUGAGACAUUCUCUGCUACCUUGAGAGCACAACAUCCUACCCCCUUGACGGCAGUGCAGGUAAGUAAAGAAGUAGUAACAUUAUAAGUAAUUGUUUUGUUAAUUUUAUACAUUGUUAAUUCUAUAGAUAAGCAUUAACAUUUUUAUUUAUUUUUUUUUUUCAGAUUAGAUGUUUCUUUCUGCAAAUAUCAGACUUAUUUAAAGAUUAUUGCCGCACUCUCAAGUGCGGUGUCUCUGGACUUAUCACAGACUUGGAUGAGGGAACGUUCGACGUGAUUGAUCCAGACAACCCUCUGCAUAGGGUAAGUAGUAAAUAAUGCUUAAUAAUUAAAUAAAUAUUAAUAUAUAACUUCAUUUGACGUAUAUUUAAUUUUAUCUAAUCUUACCAGGUUACAUUUUCUACCCUUGUACGUAAGUACAAGGGAGUACGCGAUCAUUUCAAGGCCCUACGCACCCUUUUUCCACACAUAUGGCGUCGGUAUAAAAAACCCCCACCUCGUCGCGAUCAGAUCAUGCGGCGACGGAACAGGAGGCUAGGACCGGGAGAGACGCCGGGAGAGACAGAGACACCUAGAGAGACAUGAGGGACGUUAUUCACUGUAGGGGUUAACACGUGUAGACUUAUGACUGUUAUUCACGUUCCCUGAAAUCAUGCUUAUGUGGUUACUGUCAGUUUUAUUUUUUGUUAUAAAUGUAUUGCUGCUACGUUGAAUAAAAUAAGCCAUUUCUUCAUAUCAAUCUCAUAAUACUGUACACUUUACCUGGUUCUGUUUUUUCCUUCUCCCGAUUAAAUUAUUUCCCUUUCAACUCCAACAAUCUGGUAUCCAGAGCUGUUUUCUUACGGGCCUGUGAAAUAAUGGACGUUGAAUCAAAUUUCUCCCAAGUAGCACCUCCGGUCUUUGACGGAGAGAACUACGAUGCCUGGGCGAUAAAAAUGGGGGCUUACCUAGAGGCUUUGGAUCUUUGGGAAGCCAUUGAAGAAGAUUACGAAAUCCUUCCGCUGCCCGAAAAUCCCACCAUGACCCAGAUGAAAAGUUACAAGGAGAAGAAAACUCGGAAAGCAAAGGCGAAAUCAUGUCUCUUUGCUGGUGUUUCGGCAACCCUCUUCACUCGAAUCAUGACCUUAAAAACAGCAAAAGAAAUAUGGGAGUAUCUAAAGAAGGAGUAUGCAGGGGAUGAAAGGAUUCGAGGUAUGCAAGUGUUGAAUUUGAUGAGAGAAUUUGAGCUUCAAAAGAUGAAGGAGUCUGAGACCAUUAAAGAGUACUCAGACAGAUUGCUUGCCAUUGUUAACAAGGUAAGAUUACUUGGCACAAAUUUUUUGGAUUGCAGAAUUAUCGAAAAAAUUCUUGUAACUGUGCCAGAAAGGUAUGAGGCAUCCAUAACCACUCUAGAAAACACAAAAGAUCUGUCCAAGAUUACCUUGGCAGAGGUGUUACAUGCCUUGCAGGCCCAAGAGCAACGGAGGCUUAUGAGACAAGAUCAAGUGGUUGAAGGUGCAUUACCGGCAAAGCAUCACAGUGGAAAGAAAAACUUCAAGAAGCAUAAACAAACAAGCGGUGAAAACACUACAUACAAAGGCAAGGGCAAAAAGAAAAAUUACCCACCUUGUGAGCAUUGCGGAAAAUUGGGUCAUCCACCAUUCAGGUGUUGGAAAAGACCAGAUGCAAAAUGCAACAAGUGUAAUCAGCUUGGACAUGAAGCUGUAAUUUGUGGAAGCAAACAACAUGAAGUCAAUGCCCAAGUUGUUGAGCAAGAUGACGAAGAUCAUAUUUUCUCUGCUUCAAUUUUUUCAGCAAAGAGUAACUCUGAAUCUGAAGUAAGGGAUUCACCAUGUUCUUGGAAAACUGGACUAUCCAUUGGGGUCAUGUGUUGUAAGGUAUCAAUAGGUGGAGAUGAUGGUUCAGGAGGACUUUGAUCAAGACCUGGAUUGACAGAGACAUUGGAAAUAUUUGACUCAACCACUGGAAUAGGGAGAACUUGUUGUAUGACAUGAACAUCUUGAACAGCCGGUUGGGCUUCAUUCAUUAAGAGAUCAUAUCAUGGUUGGUCAUUUUUAAAGAUGUCAGCUUGUUUGUCGAAUCAUAGAGGCGUUGGAUAUCAUUGGCAUAGAUGUUCUGAGCCAUCUUCCAAAAGGAGUGACAUGUUUUGAAGGCUCUGAUGGACAUCAAAAGUCUUGGUUCCACCGACUGCCACAACAAAGCACAUAGUUGGAAAUCUGCCUGUUUCCACUGUUUAGCUUUUUCAGUAAGUACAUGGCUGUCAUCUUUCUCAAGGUGGUCGUGAUGUCCUUGACAAAGAAACCACAUUUAGACGGCAACAGACCAAGAUAGAUAAUUUCAGCCAUUUAGUUUCUCAGAAGGGAUGUAGGGCUUCCAAAGAAUGAAAUAGCACCUCCAACACUUCUAGUGGCCUUUUCAGAUCAAGGGGACAAAGAAAACAAAGAGAAGAUGCAGAAACAGUGAGGAUUUUUGAAAACCCUAGGGAGAUUUCCGCAAGGGAGGCUUCUGGACUACACCGAAAUGGAAUUUUAAGGGUCAAAACAGACAGAGGAGACUUCGGAAAGAGCUAUGGAAGUGGUGUGGUGAAGAUCCAACAAGAGGAUGGUGGCACGUGGACUUCACGCGCAUGUUCGAAGCAGAGAGAGAUGUGGCGCGUGAAUGGGAGUCUGGAUCCGGCACCGGCGGGGGUGGCUAUCGCUCGGAGAGGCGCUCCAGAUUUAGUGGUCGCCGGCGAAAACUAGGGUGGCCAUUGACGGCGGUCGGCGGCGAACAGCAGCUGACGGUGGCGGACGACGACAAAUUGGCAAAAAAGAGUGGUUAACACGUUGGAGAGCUCCAAACAGAGGUGGACAUUAGCAAACAGGCAAGACAUAUGCGGAUAGCAGUGAUUAGUGUUGCCGGA